GAAGUACUUAAACAGCUACAGGGAAGUAUUGAAGAUGAAACUAUGACUUCCUCUGGACAGAUUGACUUAAUAGAGCGCCUUAAAGAGCUUAAUUUAGAUAGCAGCAAUUUCCCUGGAGUGAAACUACGUUCAAAAAUGUCUCUCCGUUCUUAUGGAAGCCGGGAAGGAUCUAUAUCCAGUCGUUCGGGAGAAUGCAGUCCUGUUCCUACGGGCUCUUUUCCAAGAAGAGGGUUUGUAAAUGGAAGCAGAGAAAAUACCGGAUAUUUAGAAGAACUUGAGAAAGAAAGAUCAUUACUUCUUGCUGAUCUUGACAAAGAAGAAAAAGAAAAAGACUGGUAUUAUGCUCAACUUCAGAAUCUAACUAAAAGAAUAGACAGUCUUCCUUUAACUGAAAAUUUUUCUUUACAAACAGAUAUGACAAGAAGACAAUUGGAAUAUGAAGCAAGGCAAAUCAGAGUUGCAAUGGAAGAUCAACUAGGUACUUGCCAGGAUAUGGAAAAACGAGCACAGCGAAGAGUAGCCAGAAUUCAACAAAUAGAGAAGGAUAUACUUCGUAUACGACAGCUUUUGCAAUCCCAAGCAACAGAAGCAGAGAGGUCAUCUCAAAACAAACAUGACGCAGGCUCUCAUGAAGCUGAGCGGCAGAAUGAAGGUCAAGGAGUGGCAGAAAUCAGCAUGGCAACAUCUGGUAGUGGUCAGGGUUCAGCUACCCGGACGGACCAUGAAACAGCCAGUGUGCUGAGUGCUAGCAGCACACACUCUGCUCCCCGAAGGCUGACAAGUCACCUGGGAACCAAGGUGGAAAUGGUGUAUUCAUUGUUGUCAAUGCUUGGUACUCAUGAUAAGGAUGAUAUGUCACGAACUUUGCUAGCUAUGUCUAGCUCCCAAGACAGCUGUAUAUCCAUGCGACAGUCUGGAUGUCUUCCUCUGCUCAUCCAGCUUUUACAUGGCAAUGACAAAGACUCUGUAUUGUUGGGAAAUUCCCGGGGCAGUAAAGAGGCUCGGGCCAGGGCCAGUGCAGCACUCCACAACAUCAUUCACUCACAGCCUGAUGACAAGAGAGGCAGGCGUGAAAUCCGAGUCCUUCAUCUUUUGGAACAGAUACGAGCUUACUGUGAAACCUGUUGGGAGUGGCAAGAAGCCCAUGAACAAGGCAUGGACCAGGACAAAAAUCCAAUGCCAGCUCCUGUUGAGCAUCAGAUCUGUCCUGCUGUGUGUGUCCUAAUGAAGCUUUCAUUUGAUGAGGAGCACAGGCACGCAAUGAAUGAGCUUGGUAGGAAGGCUACCCGGGGCAUUUCAUCACAGGAGCUAGGGCAGGGGCUUUCAGGGGGACUGCAGGCCAUUGCAGAAUUACUGCAGGUGGACUGUGAAAUGUAUGGCCUUACUAAUGACCACUACAGUAUUACAUUAAGACGAUAUGCCGGAAUGGCUUUAACAAACCUAACUUUUGGAGACGUAGCUAACAAGGCUACUUUGUGCUCCAUGAAGGGCUGCAUGAGAGCACUUGUGGCUCAGCUGAAAUCUGAAAGUGAAGAUUUGCAGCAGGUUAUUGCAAGUGUUUUGAGAAAUUUGUCUUGGCGAGCAGAUGUAAACAGUAAAAAGACAUUGCGUGAAGUUGGAAGUGUAAAAGCAUUGAUGGAAUGUGCUUUGGAAGUUAAAAAGGAAUCGACCCUCAAAAGCGUAUUGAGUGCCUUAUGGAACUUGUCGGCACAUUGCACUGAGAAUAAAGCUGAUAUAUGUGCUGUUGCUGGUGCACUCGCAUUUUUGGUUGGCACUCUCACUUACCGGAGCCAAACAAACACGUUAGCCAUUAUUGAAAGUGGAGGUGGAAUACUGCGCAACGUGUCCAGCUUGAUAGCCACAAAUGAGGACCACAGGCAAAUCCUAAGAGAAAACAACUGCCUACAAACGUUAUUACAACACUUGAAAUCUCACAGUUUGACAAUAGUCAGUAAUGCAUGUGGAACGUUGUGGAAUCUCUCCGCAAGAAAUCCUAAAGACCAGGAAGCAUUAUGGGACAUGGGAGCAGUUAGCAUGCUCAAGAACCUCAUUCAUUCAAAGCACAAAAUGAUUGCUAUGGGGAGUGCUGCAGCGUUAAGGAAUCUCAUGGCAAAUAGACCUGCAAAGUAUAAGGAUGCCAAUAUUAUGUCUCCUGGUUCAAGCUUGCCAUCUCUUCAUGUAAGGAAACAAAAAGCCCUCGAAGCAGAAUUAGAUGCUCAGCAUUUAUCAGAAACUUUUGAUAACAUUGACAAUUUAAGUCCUAAGGCAUCUCAUCGUAGUAAGCAGAGACACAAGCAAAAUCUCUAUGGUGAUUAUGUUUUUGACACCAAUCGGCAUGAUGAUAAUAAGUCAGACAAUUUUAAUGCUGGGAAUAUGACUGUCCUUUCACCAUAUUUAAAUGCUACAGUGUUGCCUAGCUCCUCUUCAUCAAGAGGAAGCUUAGAUAGUUCUCGUUCUGAAAAAGAUAGAAGCUUGGAGAGAGAGCGAGGUCUUGGCCUUGGCAGCUAUCAUCCAACAACCGAAAACCCAGGAACCUCUUCAAAGCGUGGUUUACAGGUUUCCACUACUGCAGCUCAGAUUGCUAAAGUCAUGGAGGAAGUGUCGGCCAUUCAUACCCCCCAGGAAGACAGAAGUUCUGGCUCUACCACCGAGUUACAUUGUGUAACAGAUGAAAGGAACCCACAGAGAAGAAGCUCUACUGCCCAUGCACAUUCAAACAGUUGCAACUUUAAUAAGUCAGAAAAUUCACAUCGGACAUGUCCUAUACCUUAUGGCAAAUUGGAAUACAAGAGAUCUUCAAAUGAUAGUUUAAAUAGUGUCAGUAGUAGUGAUGGCUAUGGUAAAAGAGGCCAAAUGAAACCUUCCAUUGAAUCCUAUUCUGAAGAUGAUGAAAGCAAAUUUUGCAGUUAUGGUCAAUAUCCAGCUGACCUAGCCCAUAAAAUACAUAGUGCAAAUCAUAUGGACGAUAAUGAUGAAGAACUAGAUACACCAAUAAAUUAUAGUCUUAAAUAUUCAGAUGAGCAGUUGAACUCUGGAAGGCAAAGCCCUUCACAGAAUGAAAGAUGGGCAAGAACCAAACACGUAAUAGAAGAUGAAAUAAAACAAAGUGAGCAAAGACAAUCCAGGAGUCAAAGCACAACGUUUCCUGUGUAUAAUGAGAGCUCUGAUGAGAAACACCUCAAGUUUCAGCCGCAUUUCGGACAGCAAGAAUGCGUUUCCCCAUUUAGGUCAAGGGGAGCCACUGCUUCAGAAACUAAUCGAGUGGGUUCUAAUCACGGAACUAAUCAAAACGUAAACCAACCUUUGUGUCAAGAAGAUGAUUAUGAAGAUGAUAAGCCAACUAACUACAGUAAACGUUACUCUGAGGAAGAGCAGCAUGAAGAAGAAGAGAGACCCACAAACUAUAGCAUAAAAUACAAUGAAGAAAAACAUCAUGUGGAUCAGCCUAUUGACUAUAGUUUAAAGUAUGCCACAGAUCUCCCAUCUUCCCAGAAACCAUCAUUUUCUUUCUCCAAGAGUUCCUCUGGACAAAGCACUAAAACUGAACAGCACAUCCCUUCAAACAGCGAAACCGCUUCUACACCUUCAACUAAUGCCAAGAGACAGAAUCAGCUUCAUCCAAGUUCAGCACAAAGUAGAAGUGGUCAGACCCAAAAAGCUGCCUCCUGCAAAGUUUCCUCCAUCAACCAAGAAACAAUACAGACUUACUGUGUGGAAGAUACCCCCAUAUGUUUUUCAAGGUGUAGUUCAUUAUCAUCUUUGUCUUCAGCUGAGGAUGAAAUAGGAUGUGACGGGACAACACAGGAAACAGACUCUGUUAACACUCUGCAAAUAGCAGAACGAAAAGAAAAUAGUGCAACUAGAUCAACUGAGGAUGCUGUGAGUGAAGUUCCAACAGUGUCUCAGCACAUAAGAACCAAAUCCAGCAGACUCCAGGCUUCUGGUUUGUCUUCAUCGGAAUCAACGAGGCACAAGGCUGUCGAAUUUUCUUCAGGAGCCAAAUCUCCAUCCAAGAGUGGUGCUCAGACACCUAAAAGUCCACCAGAGCACUAUGUUCAGGAGACUCCACUCAUGUUUAGCAGAUGUACUUCUGUCAGUUCACUCGACAGUUUUGAGAGUCGUUCAAUUGCUAGCUCUGUUCAGAGUGAACCCUGCAGUGGAAUGAUCAGUGGUAUUAUAAGCCCCAGUGACCUUCCAGAUAGCCCUGGGCAAACCAUGCCACCAAGCAGAAGUAAAACCCCUCCUCCACCACCUCCUCCUCCUCAGACAGUGCAGAGUAAGCGAGAGGCACCGAAAAAUAAAACGCCUAAUGCUGAAAAGAAAGAGAGUGGACCUAAGCAAGCCGCCGUAAACGCUGCAGUUCAGAGGGUCCAGGUUCUCCCGGAUGCUGACACGUUAUUACAUUUUGCCACAGAAAGUACUCCAGAUGGAUUCUCUUGUUCAUCAAGUCUGAGUGCUCUGAGCCUCGAUGAGCCAUUUAUCCAGAAAGAUGUGGAAUUAAGAAUAAUGCCUCCAGUUCAGGAAAAUGACAAUGGGAAUGAAACAGAACCUGAGCAGCCUGAAGAAUCAAAUGAAAACCAAGAAAAAGAGGCAGAAAAACCUACUGACUCUGAAAAGGAUCUAUUAGAUGAUUCAGAUGAUGAUGAUAUUGAAAUAUUAGAAGAAUGUAUUAUUUCUGCCAUGCCAACAAAAUCAUCACACAAAGCUAAAAAAUCAGAGCAGACUGCUUCAAAAGUACCACCGCCCGUAGCAAGAAAACCAAGUCAGCUGCCUGUGUACAAACUUCUACCAACUCAAAGCAGGUUACAAGCCCCAAAGCAAGCAAUGCCGAGGGCGUUCUGCAUAGAAGGGACUCCCAUAAACUUUUCCACUGCUACAUCUCUAACCGAUCUAACAGUAGAUUCUCCUCCAAAUGAAUUGGCUGCUGGGGAAGGGGUUAGAGUAGGGACACAGAUGGGAGAGUUUGAAAAACGAGACACCAUUCCUACAGAAGGCAGAAGUACAGAUGAGGCUCAAAGAGGAAAAACUCCAUCUCUAAUACCUGAAUUGGAUGACAGUAAGACAGAAGAAGUUGAUAUUCUUGCAGAAUGCAUUAAUUCUGCUAUGCCCAAAGGAAAAAGUCAUAAGCCUUUCCGUGUGAAAAAGAUAAUGGACCAGGUCCAACAAGCAUCUGCAUCUUCAUCUGGAACCAACAAAAAUCAAUUAGAUGGCAAGAAAAAGAAACCUACGUCACCAGUAAAACCUAUCCCACAAAAUACUGAAUACAGGACACAUGUAAGAAAAAGUACAGAUACGAAAAGUAAUACAAAUAGUGAAAGAACUUUCUCAGACAACAAAGAUUCAAAGAAACAGAACUUGAAAAAUAAUUCCAAGGAGUUCAAUGAUAAGCUGCCAAAUAAUGAAGAUCGGGUCAGAGGAAGUUUUACUUUUGAUUCACCUCAUCAUUACACACCUAUUGAAGGAACCCCGUACUGCUUUUCACGAAAUGAUUCUUUAAGUUCUCUAGAUUUUGAUGAUGAUGACGUUGACCUUUCUAGGGAAAAGGCUGAGUUAAGAAAGGGGAAAGAAAAUAAGGAAUCAGAAGCAAAAGUUACUAGCCAAACAGAACUAGCGUCAAACCAGCAAUCAGCUAAUAAGACACUGGCUGUUUCGAAACAGCCAAUAAAUCGAGGUCAGUCUAAGCCCAUACUGCACAAGCAAUCCACUUUUCCCCAGUCAUCCAAAGAUAUACCAGACAGGGGGGCAGCCACCGAUGAGAAAUUACAGAAUUUUGCAAUUGAAAAUACUCCAGUUUGCUUUUCUCGUAAUUCUUCUCUCAGUUCUCUCAGUGACAUUGACCAAGAAAACAACAACAGCAAAGAAAGUGCACCUAUCAAAGAGACUGAGCCCCAUGACUCACAGGGAGAACCUAGUAAACCUCAGGCAUCAGGCUAUGCCCCUAAAUCAUUUCAUGUUGAAGACACCCCUGUGUGUUUCUCAAGAAACAGUUCUCUCAGUUCUCUUAGUAUUGAUUCUGAAGAUGACCUUCUACAGGAAUGUAUAAGUUCGGCGAUGCCAAAAAAGAAAAAGCCUUCAAGACUCAAAGGAGAUAAUGAAAAGCAUAGCGCCAGAAACAUGGGAGGUAUAUUAGCAGAAGAUUUGACACUUGAUUUGAAAGAUGUUCAGAGACCAGAUUCAGAACACGGUUUAUCUCCUGACUCAGAAAAUUUCGAUUGGAAAGCUAUUCAGGAAGGUGCCAAUUCCAUUGUGAGUAGUUUACAUCAAGCUGCCGCUGCUGCUUGUUUAUCUCGGCAAGCUUCAUCUGAUUCAGAUUCUAUCCUUUCACUGAAAUCAGGAAUAUCUCUGGGGUCACCAUUUCAUCUUACACCUGAUCAAGAGGACAAACCCUUUGCAAGUAAUAAAGGCCCACGGAUUCUAAAGCCUGGGGAGAAAAGCACAUUGGAAACUAAAAAAAUAGAAUCUGAAAAUAAAGGAAUCAAAGGAGGGAAAAAAGUUUAUAAAAGUUUAAUUACUGGGAAAAUUCGAUCUAAUUCAGAAGUUUUAAGCCAAAUAAAACAACCCCUUCAAACAAACAUGCCUUCAAUUUCUCGAGGUAGAACAAUGAUUCAUAUUCCAGGAGUUCGAAAUAGUUCUUCAAGUACAAGUCCUGUUUCUAAAAAAGGCCCACCCCUUAAGACUCCGGCCUCCAAAAGUCCCAAUGAAAGUCAGUCAGUCACCACCUCUCCUAGAGGAGCCAAGCCACCAGUAAAGUCAGAAUUAAGCCCUGUUACCAGGCAGACAUCCCAUGCAGGUGGGUCAAAUAAAGGACCUUCUAGAUCAGGAUCUAGAGAUUCCACUCCGUCAAGACCCACCCAGCAACCAUUAAGUAGACCUAUGCAGUCUCCGGGUCGCAAUUCAAUUUCUCCUGGGAGAAAUGGAAUAAGUCCUCCUAAUAAAUUAUCUCAGCUCCCGAGGACAUCAUCCCCUAGUACAGCUUCCACUAAGUCUUCAGGUUCUGGGAAAAUGUCUUAUACCUCCCCAGGUAGACAAAUGAGCCAACAGAACCUUACAAAACAAACAGGUUUUUCCAAGAGUGGCAGUAGUAUUCCAAGAAGUGAGUCUGCCUCUAAAAGCCUAAAUCAGAUGGGUAACAACAAUGGUGCCAAUAAAAAGGUAGAACUUUCGAGAAUGUCUUCAACUAAGUCUAGUGGGAGUGAAUCUGAUAGAUCAGAGAGACCUGUAUUAGUACGCCAGUCAACUUUCAUCAAAGAAGCUCCAAGCCCAACACUACGGAGAAAACUGGAGGAGUCUGCUUCGUUUGAAUCUCUUUCUCCGUCUUCUAGACCAAAUUCUCCCACUAGAUCUCAGUCACAGACUCCAGUUUUAAGUCCUUCCCUUCCUGAUAUGUCUCUGUCCACACAUUCAUCUGUUCAACCUGGGGGAUGGCGAAAACUCCCACCUAAUCUCAGUCCUACUGUAGAGUACAAUGAUGGGAGGCCAGCAAAGCGCCACGACAUUGCACGCUCCCAUUCUGAAAGCCCUUCCAGACUCCCAAUCAAUAGGUCAGGCACCUGGAAGCGGGAGCACAGCAAACAUUCCUCAUCCCUCCCUCGAGUAAGCACUUGGAGAAGAACUGGAAGUUCAUCCUCAAUUCUUUCUGCUUCAUCAGAAUCCAGUGAAAAAGCAAAAAGUGAGGAUGAAAAACAUGUGAACUCUAUUUCAACAAGCAAAGAAACUAAGGAAAAUCAAGUACCCACAAAAGGAACAUGGAGGAAAAUAAAAGAAGGUGAAAUUUCUCCCACAAAUAGUACAUGUCAAACCACUUCCUCGGGUGCUACAAAUGGUGCUGAAUCUAGGACUCUAAUUUAUCAAAUGGCACCUGCUGUUUCUAAAACAGAAGAUGUUUGGGUGAGAAUUGAGGACUGUCCCAUUAACAAUCCUAGAUCGGGAAGAUCUCCCACAGGAAAUACUCCUCCAGUGAUCGACGGUGUUUCAGAAAAAAAUCCAAAUGUUAAAGAUUCAAAAGAUAAUCAGGGAAAACAAAGUGUGGGUAAUGGCAGUGCCCCUGUAUGCACCGCAGGUUUGGAAAACCACGUGAACUCCUUCAGUCAGGUAGACAGCCCAGACCCAAAAGGAACAGAGGCAAAACCAGGACAAAAUAAUGCUGUCCCGGCACCAGAAAAUAAUGAAAGCUCUCUAGCUGAGCGUACCCCAUUCACUUCCAGCAGCUCAAGCAAGCACAGUUCACCCAGUGGGACCGUCGCUGCCAGAGUGACGCCUUUUAACUACAACCCAAGCCCUAGGAAAAGCAGUGCAGACAGCACGUCAACCCGGCCUUCUCAGAUCCCAACACCGGUGACCACCACCACAAAGAAACGUGAUUCAAAAACGGACAGCACAGAGUCCAGUGGAACUCAAAGUCCUAAGCGCCAUUCUGGGUCUUACCUUGUAACAUCUGUUUAAAAGAGCUGGAAUGAUGAAACUAAGAAAAUUAUAUGUUAAUUAUGACUGCUAUGUAGAAAUUUUGUUUCAAAUGAAACUUUAAAAGACUGGAAAAUUUUGUAAAUAAGUUUGAAUCUUGUUAGAGGGUUUUGUUCUUGAAGCCAUAUUUGAUAGUAUACUUUGUCUUCACUGGUCUUACUUUGGGAGGCACACUUGAUAGGAAGAGAAUGGUAAAGCCAAGUAUAUUUGUACAGUAUGUUUUCCAUGUAUUUAAGUAGCAUCCCAUACCACCAUCCUUUAAUUACUGCCUGUCUUUAAAUAACACUACAGAUAGAAGAUAUGAUAUGUUGCUGUUAUCAAUCAUUCUAGAUUAUAAACUAACUUCAUCAGGGAGAAAUUAGUAUUUAUGCAAAAAAAAAACAACCACCUGUUUUAGUCCUUGUGAGUUCAUCUAAUGUCAUAAUUAAUCAUGUGGCUGUGAAAUUCACAGUAAUAUGGUUCAAACCAUGAACAAGUUUACCAAGCCUGCUUUGCUUUACUGCAUGAAUGAAACUGAUGGUUCAAUUUUCAGAAGUAGUGAUUAACAGUUAUGUGGUCACAUGAUGUGCAUAUAUAGCUACAGUGUAACAACACAAUUUUGUGCUAAAAAAGAAUCCGUGUAACUGUAAAACAUUGAAUGAAACUAUUUUACCUGGACUAGAUUUUAUCUGAAAGUAGGUAGAAUUUUUGCUAUGCUGUAACUUGUUGUAUAUUCUGGUAUUUGAGGUAAGAUGGCUGCUCUUUUACUAAUGAGACACGAGUCGUGCGGGUCUCAGCAGAACUAAAUGAACAUUUCAGAAUAAAUUAUUGCUGUAUGUAAACUCUUAUUGAAAUUGGUAUUUGUUUUGAAGGGUCUUAUUUCACAUUUGUAUUGAUAAUUGUCAAAAGGACCUCUUUUAAAAACUUCUGCAAAUUUUUUUCUUCAAAUUCUAUGCAUUAAGAGUUAAAUUCCUCUUACUGUAAUAAAAGCAAUUGAAGGAGACUGUUCAUUAUGCAUUGGCACUUAAACAUUCCUGAAAUUUUUCUGCAAUGAUUACUUCCUGAUGUUUAAUAUUUUUCCAUUUUCAUUUUCUUUUACCCUUACUGGAGCUCAUUAGAAACAAAAUCAUACUAACAUUAGUGGCAGUGUAUACUGCAUACAUAGCACAGGCUUAGCAUCUAACAUGAGAGAGCCAUAUAGUUGCCUUUUUCUUCAUAGAAUUCUAAGCUUGGGAAGUAGAUUAUUAUUCGGUACAAGUAAUCUUGUCCAAGCUAUAGUCUUUCCCCCUCAUCAUCAUCUUGCUGGUGGGUCUAGAAUAAACAAUUUUGAUAUGUUAUUCCAGCAGUCAAGUGUAAUUGGCACUUAGUCAUGCUUGGAAAUGCAAAUCAUAUGAAUUUCAGAGGUAGGGAUUUAAUGCCAUCAAGAUAUUCACGCAAACAUUUUAAAAUCCCUGCCUGUUAAGGAAACUUGUUUUUGAUGGAUAGGCCAGAGUUGUAGGGGGUGUGUUCAUAACCCCUUCCUUCAUAAAGGAAAGGAAAUUGAUAAACUAAUGCACAAAAUAAUGUACUUAAUGUCUUCCCUGAAUUUGUUCUUAAGGAUCAGUACAUGAAAGAAAUCAUUUUUAAUAAAAUCCCUGCACUUGGGAAGGGAAAGAAGUCAGGCAUGACAGGCAUGAGACAGAUGAGGGGAGCAAACACCUACCUAGGUCCAUGAGUCACAAGUGACUGAUCGAUACCUAGCUUCAUAUCUGCAUAACUAUACGAUGAAUAUUUUAAGCUAAUAUGCCAGUAAAGUGCUGUGAUUUGAUAAGCUAUUUGACUCCAGAGUGCCCCAGAACACUCCACUGCAACACUUUGUAAACACCCCAAUUUACUCCUCUAGAAUUUGUCUACCUUUAAAUUUUUGUCUAACUGAAAAAUAGUUUGUGAAUAGUACUAAUUUAUUCUAUUUAUACUGUUCUCAGAGGCUGCCUUAUAUAAUAUACAUGCAUAUGGUUUGUAUUUGUUUCUUUAAUCCUGAUUUUCUAGUUUUCUGAACUUCAGCAUGCCAGUUUUUCUAAAUAUUUCAAUAUAUUUAAGAGUAUAAAUCAACGAAUAAAAUUGCCUUUCGUUCAAGUAAGAGAAAAAAGCAGUGCAGAAGUGAAAGAAAGGAGCUUUUCAUGUGUCGGGAAAACUCAGGAAUCCACGUAGCACCACGGAGUCCAAGAAAGGCCAAUACAUUUUCCAUUGUCCAUUGAGAGAACGUUGGUUCUGAAUGAGACCCUAGUUGGAGAUGACUCUGAAUAAGUCAAGAGACAAAUCUCAUUUUCUUUUGAAAUUAAACAGGGUACAGCCAAAUAUUGCUAGUUUAUGUCUGUUAGGAAUGACAUUACGAAGCCUGAUGGUGGGGAUUGGUUGUGAUGUGGAGAAGAGUGCCCUGGCUCACUUUAGACGAAAAAAGAAAGCUGAGUGUAUUUGAAUCAUCAAAUGUGCUUGCUAAAAUAUGACCUGGCCCCACUCCCGUAAUUUCUGGUUCAUCGAGUUUGGGCUGAAGCCCAAGACCUGAGAACAGGUGACGCUCGUGCUGCCGGGCUGGGAGCAGUUUGAGAAUAUGCCCGCACAUCACAACGAAGCUCUCGUUGCUUUCCGCUCUACCUAUUCCUUCGACAAACAAACUAAUCUGACAGCAUACUGUAUGUAUACCAAGAAAUUAAACAUUUCUCUCCAUUUGGUGGUACCAAUUUGAUUGUUAAUCUGAUAUAGCAGAUAUCAAAGUCCAGGUGGGACAAACUUGUUGAACAUGAUUCUACAGACAGUGACUGUCUGAGGCAUCAGCUAACGUUUUUGAAGCAGUUGUAAGGUAGUAACAGAUAAUUUGAAUUUGUAGUAAAAUCAGAGGGACUACGGAAGCUUUGAGGUGAUGAAAGAUUGAUAUAAAAAUAUGCUCAGUUUACCAUGGGAGGGACUAACAACCAGUUAACUGGCAAAUCAUUGAUUUACAAGUUAGCUAGAAUAGUCAGAAAUGAUAAAAUAAAAGGUAAGCUUCAUGAGAAUCAAAUAGCACUAUAACUACAGUAAAGAAGCUCAUUGUGUAAAAAUAAGGAUCACAUUACUGCAGGGUUAAGUAAAGGGUUGAGUAUGUUGCUGAGCACGGAAGCCACUCAGAAUAUAUUUGAACUCCAGUUAGCAGGUUUUGGGGGAUGUAAGGUAGCACCAGAUAACAAAAAUUGCCAGAGCUGAAGAAAGAGUUCAGUAGAUCAUUAAGACUUGCCAAACUUUUUUAAGUCAUGGUGGCCUAAGUAGGCUAUAAUUUACAUUUCAAAUGAGCAUUCCCCUCAUAAUACUGACUUUUUAAGAUAUUUUGUAAUGUUAAAACCUAUGGACUGUGGCUCCUGCAAACCCCAGUUCAUUUUCCUGUCAUUGUAACUCUUUCUGUAUAAAACUAUAUUCUGGGUUUUGUUAGGCCAUUAAUGCUUCUUUCAACCUGUAUGUUCUCUGUGUACAAUAUUCUUGGUGCUAAAUACACUUACUUUCCUCUGA